AAUACCGGUAUGUAUUGUGGUGGACUUAAGUUUUCUAGGAAGAGUUUCCCUCAGUAACAAAACAGGAGAGUCGGUCCCGCCGCCUCAGGCAGGAUAGGCAAACAAAAGCGUUCGCGAGAGAGACCUCGGCCGUGUGAACUCUCGCACCGUGUAAACUCAAGUUUUAAGAGUUCUUGUUCUUUAACAAGGGUGGGGGUUCCCUCCUCGUUCCUGCUUUCCCCUCCUCGUCCCAUGCAACCGAGCCCCGCUGUCUCCCGACUGAAGCUCUGGCUUGCUUGACACCCCCACCGUCGUCCCUUUUAGGAAACUGCUUCUGCUUGAGGCGGUCGCCGCUGAGGCCCACCUUCCCUCUUCAGGAUGCGCGCCACAGAUUUCCACCAGGCCGCCUGGUGGAAGAGACUCAGGGGCGCCGGGGCCGUGCUCGUCCUCUCCGCCCCGCUCCAGCUGUGCAAAGAGACGCUGCAGCCAGCCAGCCAGCCAGCCAACCCCGCCCUGUCCCGCCUCCGGAGCCCCAUAGCUGUCCUAGCAGGAGGAAGAAGACGAGCGCGCGAGGGAAGGGCCGGCCGCGCCGUCUCCUCGCCCGCCAAGAUGUCUCGCGGGCUGCAGGUCGUCCGCACCGACGCCAGCAGCGGCGGCGGCGGCGCGUCGACAUCCUCGGCGGCGCCUUCGGCCUCGGGGCCGGACUCCGGGCUGCUGGACAGAGGCUACGCGGGCUCUUGCUCCGCCUUGCUCAAAGUGGCCCAGAUGCUAUUGCUCCUGAUCGGAUUUAUCUGCAUCAUUGCUUCUCCGGUGGCCAGUCACAGUGCAUAUACCUACUUCAAAAUUGUCUCCAUGUUUGACUUAGUUAUGAUCUUCAUUUUCUACAUCGUCUAUAUCUUCAGAAUUUACCGGAUGCUGACUUGCAUCAACUGGCCACUUGCAGAGUUUCUUCAUUACCUAAUAGGCACCACCCUUCUUCUCAUUGGAUCUGUGGUGGUGGUAGCAAGGAGCUCUGGGUCAGCAAGUCUUACAGCUGGAGCGGUAUUUGGCUUCUUGGCUUCAUUUCUGUGUAUCUUAAGUAUAUGGCUAUCCUACAAAGUCUCUUGUGUCACUCAGUCAACAGAUGCUGCUGUGUGAGUCUUUUGGCACUCAUGAUGCACCCACCAAACUGAGGAUCUCAUAGGCUAACACAGCGUUUCUCAACUGCUGUUCCACGGCACACUAGUGUGCCGCGAGACGUGCGGCGACGAGAAGGGCGAUUUUGCAGCUGCAAACUCCACCUCCCUGGGCGUCCUAUUUCUUCGCCCCUUCUAGUUUCCACAGACCAAUCAGCUUUCAUUAUUUCCAUUUUCCCCAUGCCUCACGUGACAGGAUCAUCCCAGAAUCCUUUAGCCAAGAUGGCAGCCCCCAGCUAAUAGUGCCGCACGUGUGUCUCUUUUUUGGAAAAUCGAGCGGACCUCAAGUAGCUACUUUUAAAAUAUUCAAUCUCCAUCAUUCAAAAGGUAGUUUGUUGCUAAUUCACGGAGGCAUGAAGACCAAAUCGUCCUCUCACAAGUCCGAGAACACGCACAGGGUAAGAUACGGGACGGUGGGGUCGGGUGGGGUGGAUCAGAAACCCGGAUCUUUUAAGAACUCGGCAGCGCUGACCCGCCGGAAAGCAAUAUUUGGCAAGUGUUUCUUACAGUCAUAAUUAUAAUAUAGGGCGGCACAGAGUUAAUUUUUAAAACUUUUUUAAUGGUGGUGUGCCUCGUGAUUUUUUUCACGGAACAAGUAUGCCGUGGCCCAAAAAAGGUUGAGAAACACUGGGCUAACAGACAGCAAAUGUAUGUAAGAUGGAAUUUUGUUCUGGUGAUCUUCUUGAGGGCUUGCUUUUGUAAUGACUCCUGAAACCUCUUACUAAGUGAGCUGACUGACCACCAGAGGGCUCUGGUCUUACACUCCUCGUAUUCAUUUGUCCAGAUUGUUAAUACGUACCAGCAGCCUCUAUACUGCAUUGUCUUAAUACCAGUAUUCUUGUAUUGCUUAAGUAUUAGGGAAUCUGUUUUUUCUUUCUGCAAACAAAGGGAAACCAGGAUUGAAAUUCUUACUUAGCCAUGAAGUUAACUAGGUGACCAAAUGUUUUCCCUCAGCCUAACCUACCUCACAGGAUUGUUGUGAGGAUAAAAUGGGGAGGGUGAUGGGUAACCGUAUAUUCCACUUUGAGCUCCUUGAAGGAAAAGUGGGGUGUAAAUGUAAAAAUGAUUAUUCUAUGCCACAAUUUGGUAGGAGUGAGCUUCCCUCUCUUCACGUUGAUAUAACUCAAGCUACCUGAGUGAUCCGAACUGGGACCUGCAUAUAAAGGUUGAAGGUGGGAAAUGUACUGUUUUCUCUUUCUUCUGCAGCUUGAAAAUGCUACAUUUCACCAUGGACCAGCAGCUGCUUUAUAUUAAGUUAUACAUGCAAAGUCUGUUGCUUACCUCUGCCUUUCCUGGCUUGGCUCCCGGUGUGAGAAAAGGCAUUUGAUAAUUUAUGUUUUGACUGGCUUACUGUGAAUAUUUCUUCAGAAGUGAAAGAGUUUCCUUUGUGUCCUAGUGUUUCUUCUGUUUUUUUAAGUAUUUUUAUUCUCGACAAAAUAGUUUUAAAUAAAUUUUAUACCUCAAAAACAUCACUCACUUCCAUAUCCAUUGACAAAACCAACUCCCCUAAGUUUUCAGUUUUGAUAGUAUGUUGCUUGGCAUUAUUAAUACAGUAGCCUUUGGUCUGUGAAGAUCAGCUCUUUUAGCUGGAAGGCCCCAGUUGAAUGCAAUCAAAUCUUAUUUUGUGUUGCAAAUGAGCAGUUCAUGGGGAUUCCUUACGGCAGCUAUGUAAAAAAAAGAAGAAGCAAGUUUUCUUGUUUCAUUAUUUCAGUGUUCAAUAUGCUAUUUCGAUUUAUAGGGAUUCUAUUGCUGAUGGUUUGUUUUGUAUUCCCGUUGUCUGACUGCAAUACAUUGGACAGUGUCUUCUUUCUAUGGUAGCAGCAAGCUAAUAGAACGCCUUCAGUGAGGAUUAACUUCAUGACCUUCAGGUACCAAUUUAGGAAAAUUCACUUCCAGAGCACUUUUGAGUCCUAGAUGGUCUUAACAUUAUCAUUGCAGGCUGUUCUGCAUGUCUCUGGUGUGUUUGUGAAAUUGUGUGGUUUUAUUUUGUUUCAUUGUGCUUUUAAUGUUUUUAGCCACUUUGCAAAUCUACAGGAAACAGCGGAGUGGAAACAUUUGAAUAAACAAAUCUGCAAAAGGAUUGGAACCUUUCCACAAGAUAAUCUAAAACUGCUUAGCUGAGAGCAAGUCCUGUAUAACUCAGUGGGGCUUGCAGCAAAAUCUUAUGCCUGCUUACUUGGAAGUAAGUAAGCAUUUAAUCCAGUGCUUUCAUUUCACAGCCUGGCAGCAUAUCUCAUUGCUGUUUCAGGAUAACAGGGUGGGUGGGGGGAUUCCGUAAUGUUUAAUUAAAGAUCAGUCAAGUAAUUUAUGUUUUUAAGUUGCCAAUAACACACUAGCACUAUUAGUGAGAAAAAAAAGGACAAUGCAUGAAUAGAAGUACGCCUUUCAAAAAAGGCUUAGGUAACCAGAGAUGGUUCAUGUGAUAUGCUUUCUGUUGGAGACUUGCUUUUGCAUGAUCAGAGGCCAGAGCAAGGGUGCAGAAGACUGGCCAUUAGUGCUACAGGCUCACGGAAAACCGUCAUUAAUACUGCAUGCACAGCAGUUUACCAUGCAUGACAUCAAAGUAAUUAUGCCCUUGGCAGGCUCAGGCUACACAAACUGUAAGCAAAAACAACCCCGUUUCCCCUCAAAGCAAGGGUUUAAACUUAUCAUCGUUAUCUCCAUCUUUUAAAUUAAAAAUUACUUUAAAAGAAGCAGUUGCUCAGGUGCCUAAGCAAAACAGAGCAUGCAAGCCAGAUAAUAGGAUGUGGCAAGAAAAAGCUGGUUAAUGGAGAAAAAACAAAACAAGGCAGAGAAAAGUAAAGGGGAAAUUCAACAGCUGUUGAACUUGGAGAAUACGUGGAAUCACUAGUCUCUGGGAGCCUUGCAGUCAGAGCCUUGCAGUCAGACCCAUAGCUAGGUGAUCUUGCGCCCCUGGCAGAACCAUCCAGAUUACGCCCCCUAGCCAUGGACAAAUUAGUUCUUUUUGCCUCUCCUCCACCCCCAUCCCCAGUUCAAUUCACCCUCUAUUUAAACUUAUUUCUUAUGAGGCAAUAAUCAAUAUUUACAUUUAUAGACUUGUUUUUUUAGCAGAUUUUGCGCCCCCCCCAAAUGCCUGCGCCCCUGGCGGGGGCCCACCUCACCACCCCUAGCCCGUUUGCUGUAUUCCAGUAAAGGUGUCGGGAAUAUCCUGCAAAUAAUUGCGUCCCUGCUUUAGCACAAAGACGCAGCAUAUAGCUAACUCUGGGCUCUACUAAGGUGGGGAACAUGAGACUUCUGAGUAUGGCUGCCAAAGCAGCUCUGAAUCCAUAUGACAUAUUUAGGGAAUGGCCAAAGAAUUGAUUACUAUUCCAGAGUUUAAAGUACUGGUUCAGUAGGGAAGUCAAGAUUAAUCCUAGCUCCCACACCUCACCCAAAUUAUCUAAUUGUGCAGCAUCCCAAAAAUAUCAUGAGCCAAAUUGGCAUUGGGUUCACAGCAGUGUGAACAGGUGGUCUUGCUUCCAAGAUGGAAUAAUCCCAACAGGCUUCCAAACCUUACAUCAAACUUAGAAAUGGACAAAAGUGCAGUGCCUAAGCAAAUUAAUACUGAACGAAGAACACAAAUGGUUAUAAAUUAAACUGGCACUUUAUACCUUUCCUGUUUUACCUGAGUAAGGUGGCUUACAAAGAUACCAAUGUAACACAACAAUUCACACUGAAGACUGUCUAACCACUUUAAACAGCAGCAGAAUACAUUAGAAAAAUCAAUUGAGCCAAUGUAGUAGAAUGUCUGACUUAAGACCAGGAAGAGCCAGGUGGAAAUCCAAGUUCAGCCAUGAUGCGCACUAGGUGAACUUGGGCCAACCCUUCUAUCUAACCUACCUCAGAGGAGUUGUGAGGAUAGACAGGGGUGGCAGAACCCUGGAGAAACAGAAUGUAAUUAGCCUUGGAGAAACAAAAUGUAAUUAGCAAUUUUUUUCCAUUAAAAAUAAAAUGUAUCAACAGCAGGAAUGUAUCUGGGACAUGCUUGGUUGAAAGGGGGGGAAAUCCAUAGAGCAAGAACAACAAGCAGCGUACGAAGCACUAUGCAGGGAUCUCAUCAAAAUAUGGGCUGCACGACGGCUGGUGGAGCAUACCUAGAAAACAGAUUACAUCAUGUGUGCCUGGAAGUUUUAAUGACUUGUUUCUGUCAAGCACACUUUUUUGCUCUGCUCGCUUAGAAAUCACCCACAUUUUUCUUUGGAUAUGAUCCACCAGAAAUACAACCUUGAAGCUUCCAGUCCUGCUCGAUAACACUUUUUGUGGCCCUAAAGAAAAAAAUAUAAUACAGGUGAAACUUGGAAAAUUAGAAUAUCAUCGAAAAGUGCAUUUAUUUCAGUAAGGCAACUUAAACGGUGAAACCAAUAUAUGAGAUAGAUGCAUGACAUGCAAAGCAAGAUAUGUCAAGCCUUUAUUUGUUGUAAUUGUAAUUAUUUGCCGUUAGGCGGAUCAAUUAUAAAUGGAAUGUAAUUAAUGAAAUGUAAUAGCAUUUUUGUAUUAUUGUAACUAUUUGUUUUAUUACUGUGGAAUUUCCGAAAGAAAGCAUUUGUAAAAAUUAUAAGAAAAAUAAAAAAUAAUAAGUUGCAUUACUGAAAUAAAUGCACUUUUCGACGAUAUUCUAAUUUUCCGAGUUUCACCUGUAUAUAGCGAAACAAGUCUUGAGUUGUGAUCUGUAGAAAGAGUUGCAUCAGGAAGAGUGUAGUGCACCAUGGGAUAUUUUCAGGAUGGUUUCAUGAGAGAUUUCCCUGAAAAAACACACCGGAAAAGGAAGGCAGGUACUCCAAAGGGCUCCCUUGUAACACAGGUCAAUGAUUUAGCCCUCGGGGCGGGAAAGAACAUUACUGUUUCUUCAAGAAUAAGUGGGUUCUUGCUGCCCAGUUACCAACAGCAGAAAAGAGAAAUACUCCAAAGCAACAUGCUUUCUACAACUUUUAAUAAAAACAUAAUUAUUUCGUAAUCAAGUGAUUCCAAUGAAGAUAAAAAAUAGGUAGUAAAAAGGCCAGGCUACAAUAGAGAAUGUAAAAAAGUUGACAUAGCAUACAGUUUACAAUAGGAGUUUAUACAGUACGUAACAGUUUAGGCCAGGCAUCCCCAAACUCCGGCCCUCCAGAUGUUUUGGCCUACAAUUCCCAUGAUCCCUAGCUAACAGGACCGGUGGUCGGGGAAGAUGGGAAUUGUAGUCCAAAACAUCUGGAGGGCCGAAGUUUGGGGAUGCCUGGUUUAGGCAAACAGUGGUUUGUCAUUACACAUUUCCAAAGUUAAGACAAUGCUAUAUUUCACAGUUCAAAAUCACCCAAACCUUUUUCACGAAGCAUAUGCUAUUAGAAAAGUUUGCGCCUAGCCUACAUU